AUGGGGGAGUGGACAAUAUUAGAGCGUCUCUUGGAGGCGGCUGUCCAACAGCACUCUACUAUGAUCGGAAGGAUCCUCCUAACUGUGGUGGUGAUCUUCCGGAUUCUAAUCGUUGCGAUCGUUGGAGAGACGGUCUAUGAUGACGAGCAGUCCAUGUUUGUGUGCAACACCCUGCAGCCCGGCUGUAACCAGGCCUGCUACGACAAGGCGUUCCCCAUUUCCCAUAUCAGAUAUUGGGUGUUUCAGAUUAUUCUGGUGUGCACCCCCAGUCUCUGUUUCAUCACCUACUCCGUACACCAGUCCGCCAAGCAGAAGGAGCGUUUGGAGCGGGGGUACUCCACCGUGUUCCUCUCCUUGGACAAGCGCCAUGAUUCCAUCAAAAGAGACGACAGCAAAAAGAUCAAAAACACCAUUGUAAAUGGAGUACUCCAGAACACGGAGAACUCCACCAAAGAAGCCGAGCCCGACUGCUUGGAGGUGAAGGACAUCCCAAAUUCGGCCAUGAGAACUAGUGGAAAGUCUAAAAUGAGGAGGCAGGAGGGAAUCUCAAGAUUCUACAUCAUCCAAGUGGUUUUCCGAAACGCGCUAGAGAUAGGGUUCCUGGUGGGUCAAUAUUUCCUCUAUGGAUUCAAUGUCCCCGCGGUAUAUGAGUGUGAUCGAUACCCCUGCAUCAAAGAUGUAGAAUGCUACGUUUCAAGACCCACGGAAAAGACAGUGUUUCUGGUCUUCAUGUUUGCGGUCAGUGGCGUCUGUGUGCUCCUGAACUUGGCUGAACUCAAUCAUCUUGGAUGGAAGAAGAUCAAAGUAGCUGUCAAAGGCGUGCAGGCCAGGAGGAAGUCCAUCUACGAGAUCCGUAACAAAGACUUGCCUAGAAUGAGCAUGCCCAAUUUCGGCCGCACUCAAUCAAGUGACUCUGCCUAUGUGUAG